AUGGUUGGAAAUGUCUUAUUUUCCGACUACAUUCCGAAUACAUGGGCUGUCGGAAAAUACCGAAUUUCUAGUAGUGAAAGUUGGUCUCCCGCUACUUCAGUUUGCCAUUGGAUGGGAGUCACUUGUUGUUCUCGCCGCCAGCGAGUGAAGUCCUUGAAUCUUUCUAACAUGACUCUUAUGGGCAGGAUUCCCCGUGAUUUUGGAAAUCUCACGUUUAUUGUUUCUCUCGACAUGGGAAGCAACAAUUUUUAUGGAAAUUUGCCUCAACAAAUGACAUACAUGCGUCGUCUAAAGUUUCUUAAUCUAAGAGACAACAACUUCAGAGGGGAGGUUCCUUCUUGGUUUUGGUUUUUACACCAACUUCAUUUUCUAAAUCUUAGGAAUAAUAGUUUCACUGGUUUCAUCCCUUCUUCAUUUUCUAAUCUUUCAACACUUGAGACUUUAAAUCUGAACUUCAAUUCCAUAGAGGGUCAAAUACCAAAAGUUAUUGGGAGUCUUAUAAACCUUAGAGUAUUAAACUUAAGGGGUAACAAGCUCAUAGGUUCUAUUCCUCUAUCACUCUCGAAUGCCUCGGGAUUGGAUACUUUAGAUAUAUCUUUUAAUUCACUUCAAGGAAACAUUCCAGAAGAGAUCGGCAAUCUUCACAACAUGAAAGUUCUAUCCAUACAAGAUAAUAAACUUACGGGAUCUAUACCAUUGACAAUUUUUAAUAGCUCAAGAAUUGAAUUCAUUGCAUUUGCACGUAAUAGUUUAUCAGGAUAUCUCCCCAAUGGUUUAUGCAAUGAUCUCCCAAUACUCAAAGGGCUUUAUCUGUCAGAUAACAAGCUUCAUGGUCAUAUUCCUACAAGGUUAUCAAAUUGUUCACAACUUCAAGUAUUGUCUUUAUCAGAAGAUGAUUUCACAGGUGAAAUACCCAAAGCGAAAAGCAAUCUCAUUGAGUUGGAGAAACUUGAUCUUGGCUAUAAUAGUUUUAGUGGUUCACUUCCAAUGGAGCUCUUAGACAUAUCAGGGCUGAUAUUAAUUGAUCUUACCGACCAUAAUCUAUCAGGAAGCCUCCCACCCAACAUGUGUUCUAUCUUACCCAACAUUGAAGAGCUUUUUCUGAACAACUUAACCAAUCUUAUCAGGAUUAUUCGUCAUUCUAUCUCCAAUUGUUCAAAACUUACAAUUCAUGAGCUUGCAGACAACAAAUUCAUAGGCUUGAAAUUGAACAUUUCUUGGUAUAUCUUUCAACCCUCUAAACGGCAUCCUUCCAGUCUCUAUAGGGAAUUUUUCCACGUCUCUUAUAAAGUUUUACGCCGGAAAUUGCAAAAUAAAAGGGCGAAUUUCAAAUGA